AUGGGCGACGCGGCCUUGCGCGCGUUCCUGCUAAUGGCCUGCGUGGCGGCCAGAGGAAUGUGCCAGAUAAACAGCGCCGGAGCCGAGGAGGAGCUCGCCGGACCGGGAUAUCUCCAGCGCUACACCACUCUCCGGCCCGCCGCCGCCACCGUUUCGGGCAAUGCCUCGGUGGAGAGGCGGCCCUUCCCGCCGCCCAUGUGCUCGGUGAGCACCUCCGUUAACGGCUACUUCAAAUACAUCAACACGCUGAUUUCCGUGGUGGUGUUUGUGGUGGGAUUGGUGGGCAACGCAACCUUGCUGAGGAUCAUAUACCAGCACAAGUGCAUGAGGAACGGGCCCAACGCGCUCAUCGCCAGCCUGGCCUUGGGGGACCUCAUCUACAUCGUCAUCGAUAUUCCCAUCAACGUGUACAAGCUAUUGGCGUCUCGGUGGCCAUUUUAUGACAACGACUUUGGCCUAUUUCUCUGUAAACUGGUUCCCUUCCUCCAGAAAGCCUCAGUGGGCAUCACCGUACUCAACCUGUGUGCCCUCAGCGUUGACAGGUACAGAGCGGUAGCCUCAUGGAGUCGAGUCCAGGGCGUCGGCAUCCCGCUUUUCACCGUCAUGGAGAUCCUUUCCAUCUGGGUCCUGUCGAUGGUUCUCGCCAUCCCUGAGGCGAUUGGCUUUGACAUGGUCAGCUUCAACUACCGCAACGAAAGCCUCCGCACCUGCAUGCUGCUUCCCAAGUCAGACUUCAUGGUGUUCUACAAAGACGCCAAGGACUGGUGGCUGUUCGGUUUCUACUUCUGUGUUCCGCUGACGUGCACCGCCAUCUUUUACACCCUGAUGACCUGCGAAAUGCUCAACAACAGGAACGGCAGCCUGAGGAUCGCUCUGAGCGAACAUCUCAAACAGAGAAGAGAAGUAGCCAAAGCAGUCUUCUGCCUGGUCCUUAUAUUCGCCCUCUGCUGGUUCCCGCUUCACCUCAGCAGGAUUCUGAAGAAGAUGGUUUACUACCAGAAUGACGAGACACGCUGCGAGCUGUUCAACUUCCUUUUGGUGAUGGACUACUUGAGCAUCAACUUGGCAACAAUCAACUCCUGCAUCAACCCUAUCAUCCUCUACUUUGUCAGCAAAAAGUUCAAAAAUUGUUUUAAGUCGUGUUUGUGCUGCUGGUGCUACUCCGAGAGCCAGCUGAGCAGCACGGGUGCCAUGAACGGCACCAGCGUCCAGUGUAAAAGCCCCGAGCCCAACAACGUGCACGCCGACCGCAGCCUGCGCAAAGACAGCGACUGA